CUUCUCUAAUCUAUAUGAUUACAUGUUUCUAACCUCAAUUGUCAUUUUAUACUAUACCUUUACAAAAUUUUAUAUCGAAUGUUUUAAAAUACGAAGUAUGAUGUAAAGUAAUUUAACGAUAGACGUAUUUUUUUUUAUGAAGUAAUAUUGUUUGAGAAUUGUAAAUAUGUAAAGUUCCAGCUUUACCCAAUCUUGGGCCCCAAAAUGGCAAGGGCAGAUACAUUGUGCAAUCAGUCAUUAUUGGAAGCAGGAGAAAGAACACUAGAUAGAACAAUAGGAGAACCUGGGGAUGUUAAAACACAGUUUCUUACAAGAGAAGGCACUUAUCGUCUUAUGACAUUGAGCGAAUAUUCAAGACCUAACCGUGUUGGAUAUCAACCACAAGGACAAACUCCACCUCAGGUUCGUGUUUCUUUAGUAACGUUGCCAGAUCAAGGGGAGAGAAUUUGUUUCAAUCAUGGUAAAGAAUUAUAUGUUUACGUAUAUAAGGGGAUUAAAAAAGCUGCUGAUUUGAAUAAACCAUUAGAAAAAAAGGUUUACAAAGGGACAAAUCCAACAUGUCAUGAUUUUAAUGCAACUUCAGCAACAGCAGAAAGUGUGAGUUUAUUAAUAGGUUUCAGUACAGGGCAGAUCCAGUUAAUAGAUCCUAUUAAGAAAGAGUUAAGUAAAUUAUUUAAUGAAGAAAGGUUAAUUGAUAAAACUAGAGUUACAUGCUUAUGUUGGGUACCAGGAAGUAGAUCACUAUUUUUAGCAGCACAUGCAUCAGGUCAGUUUUAUGUUUAUAAUGAAGAGUUGCCUUGCGGUUCUGCAGCUCCACAUUAUCAACACUUUAAAGUAGGUGAAGGAUUUACUGUCAAUACUUGUAAAACAAAAUCUACUCGAAAUCCUCUCUUUCGAUGGUUGCUUGGCUCUGGAGCUGCUAUAAAUGAAUUAGCAUUUAGUCCUAAUGGAUCUCAACUGGCUGUUGUGUCUCAGGACGGGUUACUUAGAGUAUUCCAGUAUGAUAGUAUGGAACUUCUGGGAUAUGCUAGAUCAUAUUUUGGGGGUUUGUUAUGUGUGGCCUGGUCAGGUGAUGGUAGAUUAAUUGCAGUUGGUGGGGAAGAUGAUUUAGUAACUGUUUAUUCCAUGGAACAGAAACGGGUAGUAGCACGAGCCCAAGGACAUAGAUCAUGGGUGGCUUCAGUUGCAUUUGACUGGUUUUUAGAAGUGGAAUCUUGUUACAGAAUUGGUUCUGUUGGACAUGAUACACAGAUUUGCCUUUGGGAACUUCCAGAAGACAACUUGGUUCCACCUAGACCUAGAGUUAAACGUCGGCCGGAUCCUUUACAGUUGGUAGGAACACCUGCCUGUCCACGACUAGAUGAGUGCCCUACUUUAGAACCUUUAGUGUGUAAAAAAAUUGCUCAUGAACGUUUAACUUCAUUAGUAUUUCGACCAGAUUGUAUAAUCACAGCGUGCCAAGAUGGAUAUGUGUAUACAUGGGCACGCCCUCCUACGUAAGCUAUAAAAA